CUGUUUUGUGUGUCCUCCUGGAGUCAUUUCUCAGGCAUUACAUUUACAUAGAAGGUUUAUUUAUUUUCUCUCUUAAUUAAUUUGAGGUUUGCAUUUGGUAUGUGAUUCUUGGUCUUGGAGAAUUAAACUGAGCUUGGAUUGUGCAGACCUAGGCUUAGCUAAGUUUGCGAAAGCAGUGUGGCUCUCCAAUCUGUACCCAAGUUUGAGUCCCUUUUUCCAUAGCUUGGAUAGCUUAGUGUAGAUUGUCCCAUUGUUUGUCGAAAAAGAAACUGAGGUUGGACUGUGAGAUAGUACUGCGUUUGUAUAGUGAUAUCAAAAGCUCAAGUGAAUUGGCCUCAUUAGAAAGUUUUAUUUUAUUUUAAUUUGAAAUUGUAGUUUCAACUUAAGCAUGGCUGAGGAGCAAGAUUUGCAUGAGCCAGUGAGCAAGUGGAAGAUUCCUGUUGGUGUUUUCUUCACAGAUGCAAGGCGUGUUUUCAAAUGGGAUACGCUCGGGAAGGAGAUAUUACAGAUUGCAUUCCCUGCCGCUCUCGCUGUAGCUGCUGAUCCAGUUGCUUCUUUGAUUGACACAGCAUUCAUCGGUCAUAUAGGUCCAGUGGAGCUUGCAGCAGCAGGAGUAUCUAUUGCCCUAUUCAACCAGGCUUCAAGGAUUACUAUAUUCCCAUUAGUCAGUAUUACGACUUCCUUUGUUGCCGAGGAAGAUACUGUUGCAAAAAUGAACGUGGAAUCUGCGAAAGUUGAGAAGCGGGAAAAGAAUUCAGACAUGCUUGAUGACAUGGAAAAAGGGGCUUCCAAACCAAAAGGUGAUGAUACACCUCAAAAUGGUAGGCAUCUAGGAAAGUUUUCACCUCAGAACAGUGGGAUGGAAGAGGCUUCAACUGAUGAUAUUGAGCGUGGGGAAGCCGGAAAAGGUGCCGCUGAAGCGAAAAGUGAGAACUCGGACGAGGGAUUAGCGAAAAACACUGAUUCAAAGAAAGUCAUAUCGGAAAAUGUUAAGCCUGCGAUUGCAGAGAACGGUGCUGCUAAGAACAGUGUUCAACUAGAAGGUUCCAAAACCACUAUGGAAAAGCGUCCGUCAGAUCUGAUGAUUAACAGUUUGAAGACAAAAAUCAGGAAAAAGAAGCGACAUAUUGCUUCAGCGUCAACGGCACUCAUCUUUGGGGCAAUAUUAGGCCUUUUACAAGCUAUUUUUCUCAUGCUUACAGCCAAAGUUCUCCUUGGUGUGAUGGGCGUGAAACCGGGUUCCCCUAUGCUAGCCCCGGCAAAGAAGUACUUGACAAUAAGGUCGAUCGGUGCACCUGCAGUUCUUCUCACAUUGGCCAUGCAAGGGAUCUUCCGCGGCUUUAAGGAUACAAAAACUCCUUUAUAUGUCAUUGUUGUCGGAUACGCAAUUAACAUUGCCUUGGAUCCAUUACUCAUCUUUGUCUGCGGUUUGGGCAUCAGAGGUGCAGCUAUUGCACAUGUUCUUUCUCAGUACUUGAUGGCACUGGUACUCUUCAUAAUCUUAACCAAAAAAAUUGAUCUCUUACCUCCAAGUCUUAAAGAUUUGCAGUUUGGUCGGUUUCUGAAGAACGGAACUCUAUUGUUGGCUAGGGUGGUUGCUGUGACAUUCUGUGUGACCUUGGCCGCAUCCCUAGCAGCGCGGCUAGGACCAACUCCAAUGGCUGCAUUUCAGACUUGCUUGCAGGUCUGGUUGACAUCAUCUCUUCUUGCUGAUGGUUUGGCAGUUGCAGGACAGGCUAUUCUAGCAUGUGCAUUUGCUGAGAAAGACUACAAAAAGGCCACAGCUACUGCAACCCGGGUUUUACAGAUGAGCUUUAUUCUUGGUGUGGGGCUUGCUCUUCUUGUUGGAAUCGGUCUGUAUUUUGGAGCUGGAGUCUUUUCUAGAGAUGUUAACGUUUUGCACCUUAUAAAGAUUGGCCUCCCGUUUGUUGCAGCUACGCAACCGAUCAAUUCGCUGUCUUUUGUGUUUGAUGGUGUGAACUUUGGAGCAUCUGAUUUUGCAUAUUCUGCAUACUCAUUGGUUCUGGUUGCCAUAGCAAGCAUUGUAUCCUUGUUCCUCCUCUCAAAAUCCCAUGGUUUUGUUGGGAUCUGGAUUGCGUUAACCAUUUAUAUGGCGUUACGUGCAUUUGCUGGUGUAUGGAGGAUGGGGACUGGAACAGGACCUUGGCGUUUUCUCAAGGGUCGUUCACCACAAUAGGUUUAUCAGCCUAGUAAUACAGGAAUACUUAAGUUUAGGGUCGUUCACUCAUAACCCUUGUCUUUUUUUCAUUCCUGUUAUGAGUACAGGCAUAAACACUCUACUUAGUUUCUAUGCAUUUUUGUCUCAUUUUGUAUCAUGGUGACCUGUCAAAAGAUGUUUGUGUUUAUGUAAUAUUGCACUAUAUAGUUUUCAGUCAUUAUACUUGGUGCCUCUCUUUGGAUUCAUUGGAAUAAAACGGCCGACCCAUUUCUUUUA